AUGAAAUUUCUCAUAGACUCAGGUGCAGAUGUCUCUGUCAUACCCAAGUCAACAAAAUUAGCUCAUGCUCACUCAUCAUCAACACUCCUGUUCGCCGCGAAUGGCUCCACCGUAUCCAGUUAUGGUGAAGUCAUGCUUAAACUUAAUCUUAACCUGCGGAGGGAAUUCCUCUGGAAUUUUAUUGUCGCAGACGUAUCGCAAGCCAUUCUUGGUGCCGAUUUUCUUGGGUACUAUGGCUUGAUUGUCGAUUUGCAAGGCCAGCGUUUUGUCGAUCGCACAACAUCGCGUAAAUCAUCGUGUAUAAUAACGCAAGGCCAAUUUUCGAAAAUCUCAACAAUCAACGCUUCGCAAAAAUUCUCAGGUAUUCUGAAGGAAUUUUUAGAACUCACGUGUCCACCAGCGCCAGGCAGUCGAACAGACGCUUCCAUAGUUCAUCAAAUCACUACCAUCGGUCAACCUGUUUCUGCCAGGCCACGACGUCUAUCACCGGAGAAGCUCGCCGCUGCACGCGCCGAGUUCGAAUUACUAAUCAACCUCGGCAUUUGUCGCCCUUCAAAAAGCAGUUGGCGAGCCCGCUUCACCAAACGCUAUCACCAUUCCAGACCGCUAUCCGCUACCAUUUCUGCAAGAUUUCUCAACGGUUUUAACAGGUGCCAAUACACCCUGAUGACAUCUGUAAAACAGCAAUUACGACACCCUUCGGGUUAUUUGAAUUUACCCAUAUGA